AUGGGCCGUGUCCGCACCAAGACCACCAAGCGCGCCGCUCGCGUGCUGAUUGAGAAGUACUACCCGCGCCUCAACGCGGUCGACUUCCACACCAACAAGAAGGUCAUUGAUGAGGUGGCCAUUAUCCCGUCGAAGCGCCUGCGCAACAAGAUUGCCGGCUUCACGACCCACCUCAUGAAGCGCAUCCAGCGUGGACCCGUCCGCGGCAUCUCGUUCAAGCUGCAGGAGGAGGAGCGCGAGCGCAAGGACCAGUACGUGCCCGACGUUUCGGCGCUCGACACGUCGGCCACUGGCGGCCUCGAGGUGGACCCCGACACCAAGGACAUGCUGCGCGCCGUUGGCUUCGACAGCCUGCCCGUCAGCGUUUCGGCCCCCGUCAGCGCCUACCAGGCCCCCGAGCGCCGCGGCCGCAACGUCCCCGGUGCCGGCCGACGAUAA